CUGAGCUUACUUUACUUUUACCCCAUUCCUAUGCAGCUUCAUGGGAUUGAACUGCAAUCACCACUUAGUACCGUUCAAACCCCCUCACAAUUCUGCAACUUUUUCUGCAGAUUCUCAUUCCAUCACCCCUUUUGGUUGAACUGGCUGUGUCAAUGAGGCUCUUCCACUUUCCACUCUGCUCCUGAACUGGUUUUUCAAAAGAUGGAGCGCUCCAGGCUAAACAUGAGAGUCCGUUGCUCUGGUUCAACUCCCUCAGAAGAAUCUGCUUUGGAUCUUGAAAGAAACUGUUGCAGUCAUUCUAAUCUGCCUUCACUUAGUCCACCGACGCUUCAACCCUUUGCUUCAGCUGGACAGCAUUGUGAGAGCAGUGCUGCUUACUUCUCAUGGCCAAGCCGCUUGAAUGAUGAUGCCGAAGAGAGAGCAAACUAUUUUUUAAAUCUACAAAAGGGGGUGCUACCUGAAACCCUUGGUCGCCUGCCAAAGGGUCAUCAGGCAACCACAUUACUUGAACUCAUGACAAUAAGGGCAUUUCACAGCAAGAUACUGCGUUGUUACAGCCUUGGAACAGCAAUUGGUUUCCGCAUACGGCGAGGUGUAUUAACAGAUAUUCCUGCCAUUCUAGUGUUUGUUUCCAGGAAAGUUCACAAGCAAUGGCUCAGCCCAAUCCAAUGUCUGCCUACUGCUCUUGAGGGACCUGGUGGAGUAUGGUGUGAUGUGGAUGUGGUGGAGUUCUCGUAUUUUGGUGCACCUGAGCCUGUUCCAAAAGAACAGCUGUACACAGAGAUCGUGGAUGACUUGCGUGGGGGGGAUCCGUGCAUCGGUUCAGGAUCUCAGGUGGCAAGCCAAGAGACAUAUGGAACUUUGGGUGCCAUUGUGAAAAGCCAAACAGGUAGUAGACAAGUUGGUUUUCUCACAAAUCGUCAUGUAGCAGUCGACCUAGAUUAUCCAAAUCAGAAGAUGUUUCACCCUCUUCCACCCACUUUGGGGCCUGGGGUUUAUCUUGGUGCAGUUGAGAGAGCUACUUCAUUUAUAACGGAUGAGCUUUGGUAUGGAAUAUUUGCUGGAAUAAACCCAGAGACUUUUGUUAGAGCUGAUGGUGCAUUCAUUCCUUUUGCUGAUGACUUUGACAUGUCCACUGUUACUACUUUAGUGAGGGGUGUUGGAGACAUUGGUGAUGUGAAAAUAAUUGACCUACAGGCUCCAAUUAGUAGCCUUAUUGGAAAACAAGUGGUGAAGGUUGGAAGAAGCUCCGGCUUGACUACAGGAAUUGUUUUGGCUUAUGCCCUCGAGUACAAUGAUGAGAAAGGCAUAUGCUUUCUAACAGAUCUUCUUGUUGUUGGUGAGAACCAACAAACUUUUGACCUUGAAGGAGACAGUGGAAGUCUCAUCAUGUUAAAAGGUGACAAUGGUGAGAAACCACGACCAAUUGGGAUAAUAUGGGGAGGAACUGCUAACAGGGGCCGCCUUAAGUUAAAAGUUGGGCAACCUCCUGAGAAUUGGACUAGUGGAGUUGAUCUAGGGCGUCUUCUCAAUCUACUUGAACUUGAUUUGAUAACAACUGAUGAAGGACUUCAAGUGGCGGUGCAAGAACAAAGAGCUGUGUCAGCCACAGUAAUUGGCUCUACAGUUGGUGAUUCCUCACCUCCUGAAGGUGUACUUCCAAAAGAUAAAGCUGAAGACAAAUAUGAGCCACUUGGUCUUCAAAUUCAGUCCAUUCCCUUGGGAAGUGUGCCUAGCAGCCAAGACAUGAAACCAACAAUCAUGGAGACUGAAUUCAAAUUAGAAGAUGGAAUCAAGGUUGGUCCUAGCGUCGAACUCCAGUUCAUCCCGAGCUUCAACGGGCGAUCUCCGUUGCACAAGAACAACAUACAGGACAGAACUGCAACAGAGAACUUGUCUUCAUUGAGGAAUAACUGUGAUGAAGACUUGUGUGUUUCACUGCAACUUGGUGACAAUGAAGCCAAGAGAAGGCGUUCCGAAGCCUCAACUAGUACUGAGGAACCUCAGUGAAACACAUUAUUUGCAUAAGUUGGUAAAACUGACUUGUAAGUUUAAUCACCACAGAAUGUGUUGUUAUGACCCACUUUGGUACUGUGUUUAUGCUUAGCAACUAUGACAAUGAGCAAUGAUGUGAAUGGAGUACACUUUGUGUAUGAAGUUCAAGUGAAUUUGUGGUCAUGGAAGGCCAUUAAGUCCUCAAAUGCUUGAAUUUCUGAACUGAAGUAUGGCACUUUUCAAUUAACAUGUGCAUACUUUGCCAAUUAACUGGUAGCAUACAUCAUGGCACUCACAAUGGUUUAUAAUAGUGAUGAACUGAUGCCUUGAGUUGAAUUUUUA